AUGUUUAAUAUUUAUUCAUACAAAAAUGUUGAUAACCAAGUUGAACUUCAUUGUGCUCAAAAAAUGUGUUGUUAUUUUAUUAUAUGUAUAAAUGGAGUGGAUUUGAUUGAAGAUUACCAAAUUCAAAAAACUUCAAAUAUAUCGUUUGCCAUCGAUCUGUUUGUUUGGACCGAUAAGAAUGAAGAUGGACAUUUCGAGUUUCUAGAUGGUGACGAACCAUACUCUGGCAAUAGCAUACAAGUAUCGCUAUACGAUGCCAAAACCAGACAGCGUGCACUCGGAUUCAAUGGUAAGCCACUGCCCGCUGUCAAAACCAACGAACUUGGACGUGCCAUCAUCGAGAACAUCAAGGAAGGCGAAUACUACCUUAGUUUCGAAAAUAAACCAUAUCUCAAUAGAUGGACCGUGAAAUCGAACAAUCACAAGAAAUACAUGGUCGACAGCUGGCCUGACCAUAGCGGUACCACCGAGAUCAUUCAUUUGAAACGACCGACUCAGAACAGUCUCUUCUGGAAGUACCAUGCGAAACAGCAGCUGGUAAAUGUCAAUAUGGGAACGGUGUCUGCUGGAAUGAUACUGAGUGACGACUACUCACGUUUUGCCAUCGGUCGUAAGGUGUUCCACGAUAUCGAUGACGACGGCUUGUUCACCGAGAAGAUAGACGUGCCGCUUGUCGACGUCAAAGUCAGUCUCUACGAUUCCGACACUGGCAAUAUCAUCGGAGAGGAACUGACCAAUGCCGAUGGUGACUACCUCUUUGACAACCUGAGAACCGGAAGAUACAAGAUCCAACUGGAGGUUCCACACGGCUAUAAGUCGACACUGAACGGAUAUGCCAAACUACACAAACAUCUGCUUACCGAGUGUUUUAUUCUGCGUCCACAAAUCGAUGGUGACUUUAUCCCUUCGCACAACUCCUCAACAUCCUCACUCUCCACAAAAACACAAACCAUCAACCAGAAUUUCAAUUUCCCACUCGUUCUUUCUCAUACCAAUCUCAGAAAAUCGAUUGUCGAAGAGAAGAAUGCCAUUCUUUGUUCAUCUCAAAAUCAAUAA